AUGAGGGAAACAAGAGCCAUGCGCAGAGGAGAAGUACAUCAUCCACCACCAGCUUCUUCGCUGCGUGGGGGUGGUAAACCACCAGAAGAUAUGAUUGAAAGAACUCCAGAGUACCUAUCUUUCAUGGAAGACCUUGAAGAGUUUCACAGGUCACACGGAACGUCAUUACAAAGGGAACCAGUUUUAGGCUCCAAAAAAUUGGACUUGUACAGAAUCUAUAAAAUGGUCUGUGAAGCAGGUGGUUGUCAAAAAGUCAGUGAAGAACGUGGCUGGAAAAAGAUUACACUUCCGUUUAAUUUCCCCGUCACUUGUACAAAUAGUGCUUAUGUAAUGAAGAAUUUAUACAUAAAAUUCCUUGAGGGAUAUGAAAUGGAAAAUUUUUGGGGGAAAGAGGUUCCUUAUGGUGGUCUAAAGGUUUCAACGACUGCCAGUUCCAGUCGAAGUUAUGCAAAUGGAGGUGUUGGUGGUGGCCAUGACAGUGAUAAUAGUGAUCAAAGUGAUAAUAAUGGUAAUAGUAAUAUUAGCAAUAACAAUAGUGGGGAUGAUGUAGAAAUGGGGGAAGCGUCAAAUGGCGUUGACAGUUAUGCUACUAACAAAACACAUAUGAGAGACAAUUCUAGAGUAAAUACAACGGUAAUGUCGAGAAGAUACAAUGCACCACUUCUUUCUAAUAAGCUCGAAGUUCAAUCCCUAGAGCCUCCCGCACAUAGAGGCUCAUGGAGAGAAGGUUAUUAUUUGGAGGGGGGUCAUCAUAACCGGAUGCUACUCGCUUUACGAUCUACACUUCCAAAUGAAAUUGAUUGGGCAUUUAAAAGAUUAACUAAGCUUUCGCAUGAAUGUUCGGAUUCUUUUCAUGUGGAUAGGAUUCCUGGUCUUGUGGAUGCACUUCUCGCUUUUGUUGCACCAUUUUUUGAGGAUUGUGCUAAAUUAUCUGACAUUAGUGAGCCCGUUUCAAAUGAAGACAAUUUUAUGAACCUUGUCGAGAAUGAUGCUGCUGAUAAUAAUGCUGUAUCAAUGAAUACAUUUUUUGAUUCCAUUGAAUCACAACAAUAUCAUCAACGAGUUCUUCAGGCUUUUCUAAUUAUAAGGAAUUUUUCGUUCUUGGAACACAAUAUGAGACUCAUGGCCGCAUAUAAGCCAUUAAGAAAGUAUCUAAUUGAAGGACUUAAAUUAAAAGUAUUUGGAAAUUUCAUUGAACUCCGUCAUUAUUGCUUAGAUAUUGUUGAGAACAUUUGUCCGUAUGUAAUUUUAAAAGGAUUGGACGACCCAUUUAUGACAACAAUACCAAUUUUACUGUAUUCCAAUGAUAAAGCAUUGAUCAUGGGUGGGAUUCGAUCUUUGACAAGAUUAGCUCUAAAUGAGAGUAAUAUUACCGUUUUACGAGACAUUGAGGCCAAGACAGUUCAGCGUAUGAUCGAAUUAUUACUAAUUGAAGAUGAAGAACUUGUCGCAGCUGUACUUGAUUGGUUAUAUCAAUUCUCAGAUUUACAUGAAGACAUGGCUUAUCGAAUAGCCCAAUGUACACCUGGUAAUUUUGUGCGUUUAAUGAUAAGAUUCAUGAGAUGGCAAGCUUUUGACACGGUGAAAGCAGCGUAUGACGAUAUUAUGCCGAUCGUUCCAAAGUUGCAGUUGUCCGGUCCAUUUGUCGACUUACCUGAACCUUAUCGUACUAUUGAAUGGUUGAAAAUUGUUUAUGAGUAUGUGCCAAACGAAAGUCUUUUGCAAACUGAGGUUUGGUUUGCUUACAGAGAACAAUUCUUCAACUCACCCACUCCAAUGAUGCCGGCUGCUGAAGUGAUCAAACACGUCACUGCUGCAUUUCCGAAAGCCGUUGCGAUGAUGGUCACUAGAUCAGAUGGAACAACUAAAUAUCCUUUAUACUCUAUGAAAACACGAGCAUCUAGCUCUUAUCUUUUAAAAAAACUGAUAUUACGAGAGAACACCGCUGAAAGUUUUACUUGCCGAUGGGAUGGAUGUACUGCUACACCGUUUUCAAAAGGAGAGGAUGUUUAUCAACAUAUCAUAUAUAAUCAUUUACAACAAAAUAGCGAUCAUUUACAUGAUUGUUUAUGGAAAGGUUGUCAUAGAUACUCUCCUGGGACCGCAAAUCGAAGUUCCGUCCUAAAACAUCUCAAAAUUCACUUUCCAAUAGAGCCAGAUUCCUCGACAACCGAAGAAUCAUCUCAGGUGAAAUUAGAUCAAAGAAGGAAUUUCCUUACGCAACGAAUAAAUGUUUCUUCUGAUGCUGACGGAGAAGCCAUAGGUAUCCCAUUAACCGCUUGUUUAAUACUGCGAAAUAUGUCACGGUCGAAGAAAACGAUUCCUUAUUUUACGGCCUAUGAAACCGAGCUGUCGGAUAUUUUGGCAAAGUGUAGACCAUUAUCAAAAUACUUGUCUGAAACGAUGUCAAAUUUGAGAAAUUUUAUAACUUUUUAG